CCGAAAUUCAAUAAAUAGUAGUGUUGUCAUUUUUUGUACCUCUAUCACAGUCUACUAGGAAUUUUUACACUUAGAUCUACGGAAAGGUUAAAGAUCCCCAUAUAUACACAAUACAGUAUAUGUAAAACAUCCAAUCACCACAAUGUCUUAUAGCCACUAUAGUGAAUACUGGUAGUGGAAUCUUCUUAUAAAGAGUUUCAAAGAUGACAGAUUUAAAAUAUGUGAUCAUCAAUACCCACUGAGUUUGGUGUAACACUUCUCUGUCCGCGGAUAAACAUCAGCCAGACCAUGUUGCUAAAGGAGUACAGAAUAUGUAUGCCAUUAUCAGUAGAAGAGUAUCGUAUUGGCCAACUGUACAUGAUAGCCAAACACAGUCAUGAGCAAACAGACAAUGGAGAAGGUGUAGAGAUCAUCAAGAAUGAAGAAUGCAAUGACCCCAUCCAUGGAGUUGGUAGAUACACUGAGAAAAGAGUACAUCUGUCCAAUCGAUUGCCUUCUUGGAUUCGCUCAUUGAUACCAAAAAUAUUCUAUGUGACAGAGAAAGCUUGGAACUAUUAUCCCUUUACUAUAACAGAAUACACAUGUUCAUUCCUACCACGCUACAGUAUUUAUAUAGAGACAAGAUAUGAAGAUAAUUCUGGAAUAUCUGAUAAUUGUUUAAAUUUAUCUGAAGAUGAGAUGGAGAAGAGAGAAGUUGAUUACAUUGAUAUUGUGAAUGACCCUUUACCUCCCAAACAUUAUAAGGAGAGUGAAGAUUUGACAAAGUUUAAAUCAAGCAAAACUAACAGGGGGCCGCUUCACGACAACUGGACAGAGGACUGUGCACCCCUUAUGUGUUCCUAUAAAAGUGUUAAAGUCAAAUUUGAAGUGUUUGGCCUACAGGGUAAAGUUGAAACAUUCACUCAUAAGACUGUAAGAGAUAUUCUACUUUUGGGACACAGACAGGCUUUUGCAUGGAUUGAUGAGUGGAUAGAUAUGAGUAUGGAAGAUCUGCGAGCAUAUGAAACAUCAACAAACGAGGCGACCAAUAAAAAGGUUUUGUCUUCGUAAUACUUAGCACUUGAUCAGUUUCAUGUUGAUUUCUGAUGUUUUAUGUUCAUAUGAAGAACUAGUUUUAAAAAUGAUCUUUUGAUCAGAUACUUUUAGCACUUACCUAUUUUUUUUUUUAGUGUUUUAGGCUUAUAAUUGACCAGAUGUUACUUGUUAAUUAUUGAUCUAUGGAUCAAUAAAUUUUUCAGCUGAUUAAAAAAAAAACUUAAAUCAUUAAAUCUAUCAUAUUUUACUAUUUUAAAAAUGGUUAUUAGCUCUUGCACUAUUUAUUUUUUCUUUGUUAUUCCCAAAAAUUAUUUAGCUAUACACAUUUUUAACCCAAAUGUUUUGUCCAUGACUUUGAGAAACUGAUCAAUUUUAUUGUGUGUCAUAUUUUUAGACAACAUGCACCAGAGGGUUGAUUUUUUUCCUUUUUAUAUUUAAAUGUUUAUUCAUCUCGAACAAAUAUGUUAGAAUAAGAUAGAGAGAAAAAGUUUAGCUUUGGAGGAUAAAAUGAGUGUAUAGUUCUGUUUUGUUGCAAUGUGUGCCCCACAUUUAUGUGAUGCUUGAUGUAUUCUUUUUUCCAUUCCACGAAACCUGUGUGAUAAUCGUGAUCUCACUGGAGGCAUAUCAAGUGUAUAAUCAGGUUGGGUGUAGCCAGUAGAUUUGUUGCUAGCUUUACACUUAUUAAAUCUAUCACUUGCUGUUUGUGAACAUUUUCUGAGAUGUUUGUCAUGGGUGUGUUUUUUUUUUCAAAUCAUUUAUUUUAUUUUGUGAUUAGAGGUUGCAUUUUUUAUUAUGUAUGUUUAUUGUUAUCAAGUGCGUAACCAGGUCAGGUGUAGCCAGUAGAUUUGUUGCUAGCUUUUACACUUAAUGACUCCUUCACUUGCUGUUUUGUUGGUGGACAUUUUCUAAGAUGUUUGUCUUGGGUGUUUUAUUGAGAAAAAAACAAUUUUCAAAUAAUUUCUUGUACUCAGUGAUGAGAGGUUAAAUUUUUAAAAUGAUGUAUGUUUAUUGUUAUCAAGUGUGUAACAACUUUAACUAUUAUAAAUACUUUCGUAUUUUCAAAAACAGAUUGUUUUUUAAGAUGAAUCCUUUAUUGUUUAUUCACCCCUAUUCCAUAUGGCAUUUGUUCUUAAGGGUUAUAGUCAGCUGUGAUACAUCCUAUUAUUCACAUUGACAUUUUCAAGGAUUUUAAAAUCUAAAACAAUGCAAGCAUUUUUCAAUAAAGCUACUACUUUACUGUAGCAGUGAUCUUCCUAUUUUAAACCUGUCUUGCAAAACAAAGGGAUAUACUAGGAUUGAAAUAACUGUCUCACAUACAAGCUUUAUGAAAUUAAUUUAGGAGUUUUUCCUAUCAAUUGUAAGUUAAUAAAUAUAUGUCAUCCCUACAAAGUUGUGAAUUUGGAGGUUCCAAGUUUGAAUACUCCAUAGUGGGAUACCAUGUUACAUCCUAUGGAGUUUGUUGAGCCCUUCCAUUUCUGUUACUUUUACCUCAGAGAUUUAGAAUUAAUGUUUGGUGUUGUGCUUGUCACUUUGUUCACCAACCUUCCCUUAGAAAUCAGUGGUGUCACCAAAGAGAAUGUUUCUACUUUGUUUUAGAAUCUAUUUUCAAAGUUCAUAUACAACAUGCAUUAACAGUCAGCCAACACUCUUUUAAUAUUUAUCAAUAUUUAGCAGUGGAGAACUGAGUACAUGACCUUUCUCCUGAUAUAAAGCUUCAAGUUGUAGAUUUACCUAAUGUAUGAGUUCAUUCAUUAAUAUUGAGAACUUUACUAAUUCUGAACCUCAACAUCUCAUUUAAGCUACUAGAUUACAACUUACUAAUAAGUUGGAUUACUAUCUCUUGCUAUUAAAAAAUAUUAUUGCUUAACUCAUAUCAAUACUAUUAAAAGCUGGAUAUAUACUUUUUAUACUAUAACCCCAUGUUAACUUAUAUAAUAACAGUUGUAUUUGCUUUAAGUACACUUCCAUAACUUUUCUAUUCCACUGGCUAAGUAGAAUGACUAUCAACUUAGUACAUUUUAACUUUGGCAGAGUGGAACGAUGUUAAUAAUAAUCUGUUCAAAUAUUUAAUUUGUCAGGACCGUGUUGAAAUGUAUAUCGGCUCAAAAAUCAAUAGGGCAUUCAUGUAUAUAGUGGAUUGUAACUUUUUUCUUAAAUCUAAUGUUCAAUGAUAAAUUUAAAAGGAUUCUUUUCUCUUUUUUUAUUAUUUAAAAAUGUUUUAAAAUUGACUUUUUUUUUAGCAUUUUAAACCAUUUUGUUUUAAAACAUAACCUUAGUUCAUAACAUUUUUAUUAUACUUGAAGACACUGUGUCCCACAAUUUAAGUAGAGCCUAAUGUUAAUGGCAUCAGAUUAGAUCUGUAGGGUUUCAUUUCACAUUUACAAAUAAACAUUUGUAUUUUGCCAUAUUUUUUAAUAAACACAUGUUGCCAUAUUUUAUUGAUGAUUAUUUUAAUGUGUUAAAACCCUGUGUUGAAGUUUUUUGCUCAAGGUAAUUUUCCUUAUCUUUGUCUCACUAAUAGUUUUUUCCUUGGUUUCAUUUUUAAAAAUAAAAUAUAUUCACUUUUA